AAUAACAUUUGAAAACUGAUCAUAUAUGUAGAUUUAACAAUAGAUAUUUUGAGUCACACUCCACACCAGUAAGUGACUUUAAACGGUAACAACAAAAACAAAAAAAAACACACUACCACAGUGAACUAUCUUGUUUCAGGAAACACAUCAGAGUGAGCCCUCUCCUCAGUUCCGCCCCUCUCUGGGGUCUGCUUUAGGAAACGUGGCCUUAGAGACGCUAGAAACGCAUCAGAGUGAGUCCUCUGCUGUCCUCCGCCCCUCUCUGCUUUAGGAAACGUGGCCUUACUGAGGUUUCGGCUGCUCCGGUAGAUGAAUGAGCCUCCCGCAGCGUCAGAUCCCUCUUGUCUCCGCCUGUCAGUUCCCGCCGCAUCCUUAGCAGCUCCCCUGUAGAACCUCCAUCCGGAACCGCCAUGGCAGAACCCGUCCCCGCGGCCGUCCCGAACGCCACGGACUCCAACGGGACCGAGGUGCUGAACGCCACGGCUAAAUUCGUGGCCACCCCGGAGGGAACGGCGCUGGCCUACGGCAGCCUGGUGGUCAUGGCCCUGCUGCCCAUCUUCUUCGGAGCCCUGCGGUCUGUCACCUGCUCCAAGUCCAAGGAACUCGGAGACGGUGGGUACGACUCUGGGUUCAGAAACUCUGCCGACGCCCCGGAGACCAUCACCAGCCGGGAUGCGGCCCGGUUCCCCAUCAUCGCCAGCUGCACGCUGUUCGGACUCUACCUCUUCUUCAAGGUGUUCUCCCAGGAAUACAUCAACCUGCUGCUGUCCGUGUACUUCUUCGUCCUGGGCGUCCUGGCUCUGUCCCACACCAUGAGUCCUGCCAUGGCCAGAAUCUUCCCAGAGUCGUUCCCCAACAAGCAGUACCAGCUGCUGUUCACCCAGGGCUCUGGAGAGUCCAAAGAAGAAAUAGUGAAUUAUGAGUUUGACACCAAGAACCUGGUGUGUCUGGUCCUCAGCAGCGUGGUCGGGGUUUGGUACCUGCUCAAAAAGCACUGGAUAGCCAAUAACGUGUUUGGCCUGGCGUUCGCGCUGAAUGGGGUGGAGCUGCUGCACCUGAACAACGUCAGUACCGGCUGCAUCCUGCUGGGGGGGCUGUUCAUCUACGACGUCUUCUGGGUGUUUGGGACCAACGUCAUGGUAACGGUGGCCAAGUCGUUCGAGGCACCGAUCAAACUGGUGUUUCCUCAGGACUUACUGGAGAAAGGACUGGAGGCCAGUAACUUCGCCAUGCUGGGACUGGGAGACAUCGUCAUCCCGGGCAUCUUCAUCGCCCUGCUGCUGCGCUUCGACGUCAGCCUGAAGAAGAACAGCAGGACGUACUUCUACUCCAGCUUCCUGGCCUACAUCUUCGGUCUGGGCCUCACCAUCUUCGUCAUGCACACCUUCAAACACGCACAGCCCGCCCUGCUCUACCUCGUCCCCGCCUGCGUCGGUUUCCCCGUCGUCGUGGCGCUCUGCAAGGGCGAGCUCACCGAGAUGUUCAACUACGAGUCAUCAGAGGAAGUCCUUCCUGCCUCUCCACGCAUCACUUCCUUCCCGACUGUCAGCGGCUCUCCUGCAAGCCUGGCUGCAUCCAUGGAAACCAUGGCAACCGGCUCCUCCCCCCGACACCGCCGUGUUCUGCCCACCUCCAUGUACGAGGAGUCAUCUGAGGAGGCGGAGCCUAAAGAGGAGUCAUCAGAACCUGAGAAGAAAAAGGACCAAUAGUAUUCGUCGCUGCCACCCUCCCACCCUGUUACAUUUCAUUAAUAAGCCCCCCCCUUCCUUAGGGGCGGGGCUUAUGUUGCCAACGUGUUUGUGUCUGGUCUCCAUGGUUACAGCUUCUAUGGUACCAUAUGAGGGGUGGAGUUUUGUUUCUGCUCGGUGCCUGACUCCUCCUCCUCGUCAUUGGAGCACAGAGCUGCUGGGGGGCGGGGUCAGGCGAGUGGGCGGGGCUUGUGUGUCUGGACCAGGAAGCCGUUAAGCCGGAGUUUCCUCAGCACGUCUCUGCUUCAUGCUUCUGUCCGCUCACCUUUACCUGCUUCAGUUUCACUUUGUUCUUGUAAAAACGUCACAGUUUUAAUGUUUCUGAAUGUUUACAGCUUUUCCUCCAAACAUCUGGAUGAAUCCAGGUGUUUCCUGUCAGAGCUGAGCGGUGAAAUCAAUUCAAACUUUUUAUUUCUGUAUCAUCACUUCAGCUUUUCCCCCAUUAACGUAAAACGGCUGUGACUCCGUCUGUCUGAGCUCUGAUGUGUUUAUUAGAUUUUAAGGGUCAGUUUUAUCAUUUUGAGUCAUUCUUUUUCUUCUUUUUGAACUUUGUUUUUUCAGACAGGAAGAAAAAUGCAGAAAAUCACCAGAUUGUUGAGAUGAGGGGUGAAAAUGAACUUUAUUUGGAAGGUUAAGGGAUCAAAGUUUCUCCUAGAUCUUCUCUGCAGCUGCAGGAAGCAGCGACCCCGCCCCCUCAUUCUAAAAUCUGAUUGGUUGUCAGACUGGAGGAGGAGGAGUCAGGUCAGCCAAUCAGGGGAUUUCAGCCUCGUUCUGAUUGGUUGACAGGAGAUAAAGGACAAUAUUUACUGAUGCAGUUUUCUGUCAUAUCUUAAAAUAUUUGAGGAAAGUUGAAUAAGUGUAAACAUUAAAGGAGAGCUUUAGUUUUGUACAACAUGUAGAAAUGAGUCCAGAGGCGCUCAAACUGCUGGACUGCUCAGAACUACAUUUCCCAUCAUGCCCAGGCUUUGACAUGUAAAUCAGGUGAUGUGGAAAGGUCUAGAAAGACUUUAUUUGACCCUCUGAGCUGCAGAUUCUCAGCUUUGCGUUAAUAUUUCUGUUGUGAUCGAUGGUUGACGCUUUAUUAUUGACAGUUUUGUAUUUUGAUGUAAAUCCGAUUGGUUCUAAAGUCCCGCUUGUAUCCGGCUCCGUGGAGUUCAGUAGCCUUCAUAGAGUUUAACUCUGAGAUGUUUUUUUCUUUUUCUUCUUCUCUGUAUCUGAGCGCAGUCGCUUCUCGGCCCAACUGUCUGUUGGAUUUGCAAUAAACCUUCUGGUGGUUUGGUCACAAACUGGAGAAGCACAA